UGUGAUACAAAGCUUCGUGAGCGGAACUUCGAUAAGCAGGCGGAAAGAGCUUCGCAAGGACAUUCGUUGCUCAAUAAUCUAGAGUAUUAAGGACCAAGAUGUUUUCAAAUUGUACCUUGGAACAAUUUGACUGUGGAAACGCUUCGGCAAACAUAUCGGAGAAUGCUGAGAUCUCAGACGACCGAGAAUGUUUUGGGAGAGAAAACAACCGGACUGAAGUAUUCUUCAAAGCACUGGCUUACUCUCUCAUCCUUCUUGUUUCUCUUUCUGGAAACAUUUUGAUCCUGAUAAUCACUUACAAAAACAAACAAUUGCGAAAAUCGGUCGACUACUUCGUGUUCAACAUGGCAGUAUCCGACUUGUGUAUUCCUCUGACCAUCAUUCUCAUCAGAAUCGUUAACAUCUCUUCGGGAUCAGAUUCUUGGAAAGUUGACAGUCCUAGGCUACUGGGAAACAUUCUUUGCAAACUGUGUCACUUUCUUCCUGAUGUUUCCCUUAUUGUAUCAAUCGAAAGCCUACUCUUGAUAUCACUGGAUAGAUUAAUGUCUGCACUGUCUCCACUAAACACCACAUUCGAGUCAGCGAAAGCACGUGUUAUUGGAAUUCUGUGUACGUGGAUCACCGCCUCUGCAGUUCACUCUCCCUAUUUUUAUACCUUCAGACUGACUUCAGAGGAAGACGGAGAAACUCUUUGCGUGUUUGACUGGGAACCAGCCUUCGAUCGUCAAAAAACACACAAGAUAUAUAGCACAACAAUUCACAUCGCUUUUGUCAUCACACCAAUUUGUCUCCUAAUCAUUGUGUAUGGGACCAUUGUCUGGAUCUUGAAGAAGAGAAACAACCGAAACAGGACACAACUUUCCUAUCAACUACGCCGUCUAGAGCAACAACGAAGAAAAGUCAUCCAAAUGACGGUGGCCUUGGUAGUUUGCUUCGUUUCAUGCAUGGUCCCGACUGUUGUUUAUAUGUUCACUCGAAUAUUCCUCUGGGAUUGGGAUGAUCAACCCAUUUGUGUGUUUGAAACGGUGCUUAAUUUCAUAGCUGGAUUCAUGGUGUUAUCUUGGAGCGCUUUGAAUCCAUGCAUCUGCUUGAUAUUUACGAGGAUAUAUCGUAAAAGCCUUAAAAGACUUUUACCAAUCUUCAAUUGACCUAUCGGCGACUAGGAGAAGUAGAUAAGAAGAGAUUUUAAAAUGUAAGAACAAAGAAAAAAUAACAAGAAAAGCUAAGCGAAAAAAAAAAAUUAAACGCGUCAGGGAAUUUACCCGCCAUAAUGUGCCAUACGUUUCCUUUUGCCGUGAUAAAGGGGAAGUCAUGUUUAUUCUUGUGGUCUGGUUAGCCUGUCAUUCAUAUGGAAUCAAUCGGUAAAACACAAAGAGUUUGUCUCUCA